CUCCUCUCCAUGGAUUUCCCCUCCCGUCUUUCCAUCUGUGUCUACUCGCGCAUUCUCUCUCUCGACACAUAGCUUCACUGUCUAUUAAGCCGGGUCGCAGGGAGACCUCGGGUACUAUAUUAUGACCAUCACCUUUGAACACGUCAUUGGACAGAAUGGACCUGCACAGUGAGCCACGCUGGCGUUGGCCUGCAAGCUCCUCAUCAAAUGCUCCUGUAAACACGGAGACAGAGGAAACGCCCGGAGAUACUCACAGCGCCCACGAUGCGGGUGCUCCCCCCGAAGCUUCUCAGAAGCAUUAUCCACCUCGCGUCUGUCGCAUCUGCCUAGAGACCGUGCUGCCCACCCUCCACCCUCCAGCGGAAAACCUCCCUGGGUUCCUCCAAGGCCAACCCCGAGUUGUCUACGAGUCGGAAGAUCCGGAACUUGGCCGCCUGCUUCGUCCGUGCAAAUGCAAAGGAUCCUCGCGAUAUGUCCAUGAGGGUUGCCUCCAGUCCUGGCGACACGCGGAUCCGGGGUAUGGCAAGAGGAAUUACUGGCACUGUCCCACCUGUGGCUUCCAGUAUCGGCUUGAGCGUCUCACCUGGGCGCGUUGGAUCAGUAGUUCUUUCGCACAGUUUGGAUUGACUUUGAGCAUUUUGAUUUUCACGGUGUUUCUUCUUGGUUUUGUUGCUGACCCCAUCAUUAAUCUUUACGUGGACCCCAUGGAAACCAUCUAUUAUUCGGAGUUCUGGGACCCGACAGUGUCUGAUGUUCUACCGAGCGACCGAGGUCCUUCCUGGUUUGAACAUUUCUUCAAGGGAUUGGCCUCCCUAGGCGUCCUGUCCUUCAUCAAAGCUCUAUUCGCUUUAUCGCCUUGGCAGUGGUGGAACCUCCGCAGCUCCGGCGUUGUCAGUGGUGGUAGAAACACUGGUAGGAGCCGAGCUGCGUCCGUGAGCUGGAUAGUUAUCUUGAUCGGCGUCGUGACCUUUCUCUGGGCAGUAUACAAAGGCGUAAGGAAUUGGAGUCGGAGAACGUUGGAAAAAGCUGGGGAACGAGUCAUGGACGUUCCGUUGCCCGACGAUGACGAUGGUGAUAUACACAACGAUAGGUCCGAGCAACGUAGGAAGGAUGAUUGAUCAUCUCUCGACCUUCGAGUCGCGAGUCUGUCUCGAUCUCAUAGUUUACGAACGUGUCGACUCCGAAACCCAUCGCACUACUUUAAGUUGACACGCUCCUUUACAAUGACGUGCUGAUUAGUCAAUGUGCGAAGAACGAGCCGGCUCUCUUAACCUCUGGGUAUUGUCUGAGAAGUUGAAUGGUUGGAAGAAACGUUUUGUUUCAUCCUCUUUCAUUCCUCUUUAUACACCAGUCAUUACUCUUAGGGAGAGCCUUUCUGCAACCAGAUCCGAAUAGUCGUUUCAAGUAGUGAGCGUUUUCGAUCGCGGUGCAGUACAUACAUACUCUCGGAUAGUUUAAUGUCAACUUUGUUCAUGAAAUUUCAUGUACUAAUAUUGGUAGAUCUCCUUUCAGGCUACCAUCGAACGUAAUCGUAUGAGCAAUCCUACAUUUCCUGCCGGUGAAAGUCUGCCUUGCACCGGCAAGCUUCGUCCUGGCCAACCUCACUCUUUCGCUAGGAGCUUUGAGGGAUUUUGGGCUCUUGCUGCGGAUGUUUCGUUUCUACCGAUGCUUGUCUCUAAUUCGCAAACCUUGAAGUUGAAACGAAUGCACCAUCGAUUAGAUGUCUUGAUGGGACCAAAGCUAUAUGCAGUUCCAUUAAUUCAAGCCCAACCUGCAGUCAAUGGCCAAUGUGCAACUAUCGACAGAACAUACUAGC